AUGUCUCUACCAGCUCCAGCUCCUUCCCUUAUCCCACUGGCACCGAUAUCCAAUCCAUGUCCACUUGUUUCGAAUACGACGCCGAACAAUCAAGCUGAUCCGUCACCCUCCUCGAAAUCCUCAAGUCGGUCGAUCACCCCUCCCAUACCUGGAGCUUUUACUCGUGAGCCUGUACCUGUGCCUGUAUCGAGCACACAGGUCAGUCCACAGAGACCAUCAAGCCAGCGAUCCUCCAGAUCAAGUCGUACUUCUCAUACACCGUCUCCGCCUCUCAUCAGCUCACAGCCCACGCCUAUACUACCCAUGGAUCCGAAGCAGCCAAUCUCGUCACAAGAUCUUUUCGGUACAAAGACUAAGGAGAAAAAGCAAGGAUGGUGUAGAUUAAAAUGGGAAAGGUGUAAAGAUAGAUGCUCAGAGUGCUGUUCCAAUUGUCAAUGCGAGGUUUCUUUCGGGGUCGGGAUGGAUUUCUAG